AUGCCGGCCACUACACAAGAGACAAUCAGUCUCUCCAGCACAAACGUCAUCAUCCACCCUCUCGUGCUUCUCUCCGUAACCGACCAUGCCUCCCGAUCAGCCUCAGGCUCGCGCAAACGAGUCGUCGGUAUCCUCCUCGGUCAAGACAACGGCAAAACCAUCAACGCCGCCAACUCCUUCGCAGUACCCUUCGAAGAAGACGAACGAGAUGCCAAAACAUGGUUCUUGGACCAUGACUACAUUACUGGCAUGAUGGAGAUGUUCAAAAAAGUCAAUGCCCGCGAAAAGAUGGUCGGGUGGUAUCACACCGGCCCACGACUCCGAUCCUCGGAUCUCGAAAUCAACGAACUGAUGAAGCGAUUCAUUCCCCGACCUGUCAUGGUGAUUGUCAACCCGAGACAGAGGGAUGUUGGAAUCCCAACCGACGCCUAUUUCGCCGUGGAAGAGAUCAAAGAUGAUGGAACUGCAACGCAAAAGACAUUCAUGCAUGUUCCUAGUACGAUCGAAGCUGAGGAGGCGGAAGAGAUCGGUGUAGAGCAUCUCUUGCGUGAUAUCCGCGAUACAACAGCUGUGGGAACCUUGUCGACGCGCGUUUCGAGCCAGUUAUCGAGCUUGCGUGGUUUGCAAUCGAGGUUAUUGGAGAUCAGAGAUUAUUUACAGGCGGUGGUGGAGGGGAAGUUGCCGGUAAAUCAUCAGAUCAUCUAUGAUUUGCAAGAUAUUUUCAAUCUGUUGCCGGAUCUGGAUAAGAACAGUGAGGCAGCAAAGUCGUUUGCGGUUGAUAACAAUGAUAGGUUGCUGGUGGUGUAUCUGUCGAGUUUGAUUAGGGCGGUGAUUGCGCUGCAUGGUCUGAUUAGUAAUAGGAGGGAGAAUGAGAAGGGCGAGGAGGAGGCUUCGAAUACGAUUACGAAUGGAACUUCGGCGAAGGAAGGUGCUGAUGAUGCGAAGAAGGAGGAUGGGAAAGAGGAGAAGAAGAAGGAUUAA